UGUGCCGGGUCCCCCAUGGGCCGGUCCCUGCUGUGCGGGGUCUCCUCUGUGCGGGUCCCCUCUGUGCGGGUCCCCCAUGGGCCGGGUCCCCUCUGUGCCGGGUCCCCUCUGUGCUGUCCCCUCUGUGCGGUCCCCGCUCCGCGCAGCGCCCCGGGCUGGCCUCGCACCCGGCGCUUGGAGGCGGAAAUCCCCGGCGGGGGAGGCGUGGGAGGGAAAAGGGAAGGGCCCAAGGCCGGCAGCCGCUGCUUGGCUCGGCUCGGCUCGGCUCGGCACGGCACGGCACGGCUGCUCCGGCACGGCUCGGGCGCGAUGGAGCCGCGACGGUACGGAUUUCUGUUACUGCUCCUUCAUAUCCUGAAAGCUGUUAUUGCACUAGAGGAGAAGAACAUCGUCAGUAAACUCGGAGACAAUGUCACACUAAGCUGCAUUUAUAACAAAAAAAACUUGCAAUUAAGAAACCUACGGGUGUAUUGGCAAAUAGCUGAUGAUUCCUAUGAAGAAAAGUGUUUAGUUGUACAUGCACUGAUCUCUGGCCAAGAUGAUAACAGCAGUCAGUGUGUUCACUUUAAAGACAGGACUCAGCUAUUCUGGGAUAGGUUGGAAAAGGGUGAUUUUUCUCUGCUGUUGCUAAAUGUCAGCCAGAGUGAUGGACAUACGUACAAAUGUGUAGUGCAGGAGAAAACUGAACAUCCCAAAGUGAUUCACCAGGCAGAAGUGGUUCUCAGUUUAGCAGCGAGUUACAGCCAGCCAAUACUCAGUGGACCAAUACGGAACAGUGACAGCCCUGGAGAGGAGGUGACCUUCAACUGCAGGUCUGGCAAUGGCUACCCAAAGCCCAACGUUUACUGGAUCAAUAAGGUGAACAACAGUCGCCUGCAAGCAUCAGAAACAAAGAUCAUCCCCCAUGACGACGGCACUUUCAGCGUUUUCAGCACGCUGAAGGUGAAAGCCACCUCUAACAUGCAAAUAGAGUGCUCCAUAGAAAAUGAGAUGCUGCAGGAAAAUCUGUCAGCCAACUACACACAGCAGAAGAAAAGCAGUGGUUCUGGCACAGAAAGUGAAGAAAACCUGGAAAAAAAAGGACGAGGUGCUCAAGCAGCUGGCAUCAUUGGCAUUGUCUUUGUGAUAGGUCUUCUAACUGGUUUAAUCUGCUGGCUGUGGAGAAGGAGGUCCUCUAAUCUAGUGUCCUACAGAGAUGUUCAACUAAGGGAAACCCAAGGUGGAUUCAACUCACCUGCUUAAAUGGAAGAUCUGCCAACAAUUUGGACAGCUGGAGAUGUGUCAAGAGAAGCAUCACUCCCUCAGUGGCUGCAUUGUUUGUGAUACAAGUGACAGAUUUCUGCCAAGAGAGAUGGUAAAAAAAAUAAUUAAUAAAAGCUUCUAGAGUACAGAAGAGAGAAGGAAAAUCCGCCCGAUUUUCAUUCCAGCACCUGACUGUGUCCACAGAACAGUCGUGUCACCACUCCAGCUCAGCACUUUGGACAAUCCUCUGUGAUUUGGGCACUGGGGAAGGCAGAAAGCCUGGGACUCAGCUGCUCUGUGCCACCACUGAAAGCUGGUGAUUGCCCAGUUUCUCAUCAUGAUCCUUGAGGACUGUCAGGAGCAGAAGCAGCCACGUUUCAGGAGCAUGGGAUGUUCUUGCUGUCACCUGAGGAUGACUACUGCAUGUGAAGAAAGGCAGCUAAAACAAAGGAAGAAAACUGAAGGACUCUGCAGAGUGAGAUUUGUGACCUCUUCCAUGUUUCUCUCUCUCUCUCUCGAGUACAAUCCUUUCACUGUCUGUUUUCACCAGCUGCUCCUGUGUAGAAAAUCAGGCAGAAUUUGAUCCAGUCCUUACAAAACCAGGAGUUGCCCUAAUGGGAUCAAAUACUGAAUGUUAUCAUAAGGGAAGGUGCCUUCUUUAAGCCUCGAUAGCAACAUUUUGGGUUUUACCAAAUAUUCCACCAAAAAGGGGACUUCCACUUUCAACAGGAGCCAGCUGUGAGAAAAAACAGGCUGUGGAAAUCUGACCAAUUAAAAAUAAUGCUCUCUGCUAUGUUAAUGUCAUGUUACCUGGACUUACCCUUCUCAGGAUGGAACAAAAACUGUGGUUGAGCUCUGCUUGAUUCAACUGAGUCUUUAUUUAAGCACUUUCCUGUGGCUUCCAGGGAGGAUUUUAAACUGAAGGUUUUAAACUGAACUUGAGCUUGGGAUUCAUCCUUACCUGCACCAAACAAAACAAAAAAGAAAGAGCAAAUUGUAUCAGUGUGUUGUCCAUGAAUGUCCAGAAAGCCAAGAACUCCAUUUUCCUUGUGCCAGUGCAUGUGCCUUUGCUGUUUCAGCCCCAAGUCAGCCAAACCAACUGGCUGAAAAUAGCAAGACAGUAAACUUUGCUGAUGAUCUGAAAUUUUGAAGGAGGAGGAAUUUUUACUAGCUCUCUUGCCCAAAUGGGACAGUUUCCCUAUCUUGUCAUGGGAGGAUGGAGAUUAUUGUUUUAAACUGAGCUCUGGAAACACUUGACCUCUCCUGCACCAGUUGCUAAACUUAAAUUGCAUCAUUUUUGUGAAUAAGUCAUAGCCUUGUUUAUUGUUGCAGUGUGUGUGAGGCACUCCAGUAUCAACUCUGAGCUCAGACAGGGAUUUUUCAUAUCAAGAUAGCUUUCAAUUUCCAGCUAAGUGAAAAUUCUGUUGUCCAUGAAUCCAAAUCUAGCAUCCAAUUCUGAGUCUAAAUCCAGUCUUCAGUGUACCCUAAAGGGAACUUGCUUGAGGAAAGCUUGCAGAUACCUCGAAAAUGUGAACAACAUCUGUGCAGAUGUGCAGAGUAACCAUUUCCUAGUGGUUCAGUAAAAAGUCCUGCAGAUAUUUCCUCCUGAUCUGUCACAUGGAGUUGUUUUAUGCAGCCUCUGGUACUGCUGUACCUGACAGAAGCCUUUCCUACAAGUAGUUUUCCACUUUUAUAUUCUGCAACUGUAAUGGUUCAGAGAUGGAGGAAGUGACCUAGAAGUCACUCUGCAAUAUGGUAUUUAAACAAAUUUAGACUGGUUGGGUUUUCUUACUUCUUGGCUACUUCAUGGACACGCCUAAAUACAAAAGCUUUUUCUUUCAAAAUCUGUGCUUUCAUUUAGCUUAGGGUUCCAGCUAUUCUUGGAGGUCAGUAAAUCCUAGAUGCCAGUGGUUACCAUUCAAAGGACUUGGGAAUUUUGUAAUAACAGUUCUUAUCUUCACAUGCCAUGUUUAUAUUUUAAAUAAAAUCUAUUCAUUUUUC